AUGAACGAGUUGCUACCACACGGUAGAAACGACGACGAUAAUGGCAAAGCACCAUUAGCAGUCAAUUAUCCCAUAAAUAUAUUGAAAAGCUUGGAGUCUUUACAGCCAAAUAUUUUUGAUGAAAAAUCAAAUGUAGAAACUGGAAAAGAAAAGCCGUCCGAGAAAGAAACAGUUUCUCGAAUAAGACCACAAAAUUGGAAAUGGAAACUUAAUCAAUUUCGAUUGAAAUUGAGUAAGAAGACAGAAUUUCAACUUUGUUUUCGAGCUAUUUCGAGACGAGUUUUGAAGACUGAGUUAAGAAUAAAAUUGUUAGGUUUAUUUUUCGGUUCUGGAAUGAAGAGAUAUAAUAUUGAUGAGGAUUACCCCAUUGGGAACGGCAUCAAUAUGAAUGAAGAAAGAAUGGAACGAUGGAUUGAUUGA